AUGUCUACCAACAAGAAGACGGCCGAUAUGAAGCCAAAUAUGGUUGAGCCCACAAGCUCAGAUCGUCUCACCAGCGAUUUUGGUGUCAGGCAGAACAACACUGAUAUCAUGAAGUUCGACCAUGAAAGAAUCCCUGAACGUGUUGUGCAUGCCCGUGGAGCAGGUGCAUUUGGGACUUUCAAGCUCUAUGAAAGUGCCGAGGAUGUUACCAGUGCUGGAGUCCUCACAGAUACCUCUCGGAGCACGCCCGUCUUCAUUCGAUUCUCAACAGUCCUGGGAUCUCGAGGCAGUGCUGAUACAGUCCGAGAUGUGCGAGGUUUCGCCGUCAAGUUCUACACUGACGAGGGCAAUUGGGAUAUUGUUGGCAAUGACAUUCCUGUUUUCUUCAUUCAGGACGCCAUGAAGUUCCCAGAUGUCAUUCAUGCAGGCAAACCUGAACCCGACACUGAGAUCCCCCAAGCUCAGUCUGCUCACAAUAACUUCUGGGACUUCCAAUACCUUCACACCGAGGCCACGCACAUGUUCAUGUGGGCUAUGAGUGAUCGUGGUAUUCCUAGAUCAUAUCGCAUGAUGCAAGGUUUUGGUGUCAAUACAUAUACUUUGACCAAUGCUCAAGGCGUCCGACACUUUGUCAAGUUCCAUUUUACCCCUACGCUCGGCGUUCAUUCGCUGGUCUGGGAUGAGGCAUUGAAGAUCGCCGGCCAAGACCCCGAUUUCCACCGCAAGGAUCUCUACAGCGCUAUUGAUGCGGGAGUCUUUCCAACUUGGAAGUUUGGUAUACAAGUUUGCCCCGAGUCGCGCCAAGACGAGUUUGAAUUCGACAUCCUUGACGCUACCAAGGUUUGGCCUGAAGAACUUUUGCCUGUGAGAUAUAUUGGGGAGCUGCAACUUAACAAGAAUGUCGACGAAUACUUCACUCAGACCGAGCAGGUUGCAUUUUGUACUGCUCAUCUCGUACCCGGUAUUGGCUUUUCCGACGACCCCCUCCUGCAAGGCCGCAACUUUUCGUACUUCGACACUCAGUUAUCCCGUCUGGGUGUCAAUUGGCAAGAACUCCCCAUCAACCGGCCGGUCUGCCCCGUCAUGAACAACCACCGUGACGGACAGCUUCGCCACAAAAUAACCAAAGGCAAGAUAAACUACUGGCCCAACCGUGAAUCUGCCGUUCAGCCAGCAUCCCAAGCCGAAGGCGCCUACAUCGACUACCCCGAGAAAAUCGUCGCUAUAAAGCAGCGCCUUCACUCCGUCAAAUUCUCCGAGCACUUCAACCAAGCCCAGCUAUUCUGGAACUCCAUGUCUCCCCAUGAGCAAGCUCACAUCAUCAACGCUCUCGGCUUCGAGUUUGAUCAUUGUGAUGACCCUGUCGUCUACGACCGCAUGGUUGAGCGUUUGUGCGAUAUUGACAUUGACCUCGCCAAAGCCGUGGCAGAGAAAGCCGGCUCGCCUACACCUACCAAACAAGGGAAGCCCAACCAUGGCCUAAAGGCCAAGGGUCUCUCACAAAUGGAUUUCACGCCCGAGGCGCUCGGUUUACCACCAACGAUUGCCACCCGCAUGAUCGCCAUCAUCAUUGGCCCCGGCUUCAACCUCGUCGAAUACGAAGGCGUGAAAGCCGCGCUCAGCGCAGCAGGAGCACUCGUGUUUACCAUUGGACCUAAGAGACAGCCCGUGCCGAGCGCCGGUGGGAAGAAGAGCGUAGCGCCAGAUCAUCAUUUCGAGGGUAUGCGAAGUACAAUGUUCGACUCGAUUUACAUUCCUGGCGGCGAGCACGUCGCUAUGUUGCAGAAGCAAGGACGCGUCGUGCACUGGGUGCGGGAGGCCUUUGGGCAUUGCAAGGCCAUUGGUGCGACCGGGGAGGCAGUCAAGCUUGUGCAGACUGCGUGUGGGAUUGAGGGCAUGGCUUUCAGCACGAAUGCCGAGGUUGUGGAUUCCUAUGGUGUUGUCACAGCUGCAGGCGGGUUCGAGCCUAGUGGUGUGAAGGAAGCUCUGAAUAUGGUGAAGGGGGCUAAGGGCUUUGUGGAUGCGUAUGCGUAUAACAUCUCGCAGCACAGGAAUUUCCAGAGGGAGUUGGAUGGGUUGACGAGUAUGGUUGCUUAUUAG